GUGCUGGUUACACGCACAGUCAGCCUCGGAGGAGGCGGGGAUGGAGGCGGGGAGCGGCGGUAGCUUUAGCCGAUGGCAGUGGCUGAUGCCCGGCGGCGGAUGCCAGCGGCAGCCGGGCGAUGGCGAGGAGCCGGGCGGCUUACGAGUACACGGAGGCGGAGGACAAGAGCAUGCGGCUGGGUUUCCUCCUCAUCGCCGCCGGCUUGCUUUCCCUCUUGGGUUUGGGUUGUUGCUGGCUUCGCCCGGCGCUGCAGGAGCGGGGCGGCGGCGGCUCCGCCAACUGCACGGUGCUGGCGGUGCGGCAGCUGGGGGAGCGCUUCGCCUGCACCUUCUCCUGCGGGGCCGCCUGCCGCGGCACCGCCCGCUACCCCUGCCUCCAGGUGCUGGUCCGCACCUCCCGCUCCUCCGCACCCGCCCUGCUCCAUGAGGACGAGCGGCAGCUGCGCACCAACCCCAAGUGCUCAUACAUCCCUCCCUGUGCAAGAGAUGAUCAGGAGAACUCUGAGAACGUCACGUACAAGCAGAAAUACUGGAAAGAGAAAGUGGGUUCUCAACCAUUUACGUGCUAUUUUAACCAGCACUUGAGGCCGGAUGAUGUGAUGCUGAAGCGCACCCAUGAUGAGACUGUUCUCUUGCACUGCUUCCUCUGGCCCGUGGUGACUUUCCUGGUUGGAGUCCUCAUCGUGGUCCUGACCAUCUGUGCCAAGAGCUUGGCUAUCAGGGCAGAGGCAAUAAAAAAGAAGAAGCAUUUGUGAGUGGCAAGGCUGCCUGUGGAAUAGAAAAACCUGCAAGAAGGUCUCAGGCAGGGCAACCUGACACACCUGCAGGUCUGUGGGGCACCCAGCUGCAUCUCCUUCCAGGGUCUGAUCUGUGGUGGAGUAGCUCUUGUCUCAGGACUGUUCUUGGGAUGACUGCCCCAUGAAAUGCCUGCUAAUUGCUUCUCUGCUAUGGCACUAAAUAAGUAUAUUCUACCAAAAAAAAAAAAAAUCUACACUGCACCAAAUAUGCUGUGUUCUGUUAGUGCUGAAGAGCAGCUACCCAGAAAUUGAGACAGUUUAUGAAACUCCCUGAUGAUGUUACUUUCAUCUCCAUAAAGUGAUAUUUGCUCAUGUUUAAUACUAAAUAUUUAAAAUAUUUACUUUAGAUAGAACAUAUUUCCAAAAUAAUAAAAUUUUAUUGUUUUGGGGGUUUUAACUUUUGGAGGUUUUUUCUUUUUUUCUUUUUUUUUUCUUUUUUCUUUUUUAAGAUUUAAGGCAAAUGUAACAUUGUGCUGGCUAGGUUUUUUUUCUCACUGUGUAGAACUUAAUUUUAAAGUUCAAACUUUACCUUCUGUCUAGACAAAAUCUUUCAUCGCCACCCAUUCACUGUGAUGAAAUGUAGAAAUCUCUCAGAAAUACUUCUAAAAAACAGUUAUUGGAAAAGAUUAUUAAAUACUGACUCUAA